GAGACUUUCAGUUAAAGGGCUUCUAACGGGAGCUCAGUAGCUGUCUAACUCUCACCAUAACCAGUAGUGCAAAUGGUGUGUAUUCUACAUUAUUUCUCCCAUACAAAGACCAAGGUCAAUCAAGAAUAAACUGAAGUCAAACACUCCACAUUGGAGGCUUUGACUUCUUUUAAACGAAGUAAAUGGAGUAAAACAAUUCAAAGUACAAAAGAGCUGAAAACAAACAACAUUCAAAAUGAUGAAGCCAACAGAAUCCAAGGAAGAGCUGCUAGGUAGUAGGAAUAACAUAGGCAAGAGCAGUACAUCUCUGGAAGGACUUCAAGAGGAAUACUCUCUCACUCAGAUUGAGAAACGAUUCCUGCUAUUGGCUGAGAGAGGAGACUGUGCUUCAGUGAAAAGACUUCUUGAGGAGUACAAGAAUAGUCCAGAAGUGUUGAAUUUGAACUGUGUGGAUCCGUUGAAUAGAUCAGCGCUUAUAGCUGCCAUUGAAAAUGAAAACGUCGAGCUCAUCAAUAUACUACUCGAUCAUAAUAUCAAAGUCAAGGAUGCUCUACUCCACGCCAUCAAGGAAGAAUAUGUGGAAGCUGUGGAGAUACUUUUGGAAUGGGAGGAGAAAAUACAUCAGCCGGGGGAGCCUUAUAGCUGGGAGGCGGUUGACCGCUCGUCGAGCAAUUUCACGCCGGAUAUUACUCCGCUCAUUCUGGCCGCUCACAUGAACAACUACGAAAUUCUCAAGAUCCUUCUGGACAGGGGUGCCACCCUUCCCAUGCCUCACGAUGUCAGAUGCGGCUGUGACGACUGUGUGGUGAGCAGUGAACAGGACUCCUUGCGUCACUCUCAGUCGCGCAUCAACGCGUAUCGCGCUCUCACCUCCUCCUCACUGAUCGCCCUCUCGGCGCGCGACCCCCUCCUCACGGCCUUCGAGCUGUCCUGGGAGCUCAGACGCCUCAGCAAGAUGGAGACCGAGUUCAGGGCUGAAUAUCUGGAGAUGAAAACUUCAGUGCAGACAUUCUCCACAACCUUGCUGGAUCAUGUGAGGACCUCGAAUGAGCUGGAAGUGAUGUUGAACCAUAAUCCCACUGGAGAAACGUGGGAGCCUGGAGAACGUCAAACUCUGGAACGACUGAAGCUGGCUAUCAAAUAUAAACAGAAAAUGUUCGUAGCGCACCCGAACGUGCAGCAACUGCUUGCAGCAAUCUGGUACGACGGACUGCCAGGCUUCCGCCGCAAGUCAAUGCCUCUGCAACUAGUUGAGGUGGCCAAGCUUGGUUGCAUGUUCCCCGUCUACAGCUCCAUCUACAUGAUGUCUCCCAACUCCAAGAUGGCCGGCUUCAUGAAGAAACCCUUCGUCAAGUUUAUCAUUCACUCCGCUUCCUAUGCUUUCUUCCUUUCUCUCCUUGGAGCAGCUUCCCAACGACUUGAAUACCUUCUCAUAGAGUGGUUUGGACCCGAUUGGCUACAGGAAAUUCUGUUCGAAUGGAAACGCAAGGAAAGAGGCUCUUUUCCUGGAUUGGUUGAAUCUUGUGUUAUAUUGUACGUUAUGGCUAACAUAUGGAACGAAAUGAGAUCUUUAUGGACUAACGGAAUUCUGGAGUAUUUGGGAGAUCUGUGGAAUAUUGUCGACUUCAUAACGAAUACUUUCUACACUCUCUGGAUUACGCUGAGAUUUACUUCGAUAUUCAUUGUCUAUAGAGAACAUUCGAAUGGGAUAGAUCCGUGGUAUCCGAGAGAGGAAUGGGACCAAUUCGAUCCGAUGUUGUUAUCUGAGGGAGCUUUCGCAGCUGGCAUGAUAUUCAGUUUCAUGAAAUUGGUGCACAUAUUCAGUGUGAAUCCUCAUCUUGGACCUCUACAGAUUUCACUUGGAAGAAUGAUUAUCGACAUUAUAAAGUUUCUCAUCAUCUACACUUUGGUUCUGUUUGCUUUUGGAUGUGGUUUGAAUCAGCUACUAUGGUAUUACUCGGACUUGGAAAGACAUAAAUGCUACCAUCUACCCUCGGGAUUACCGGAUUUUGAUAAUCAGGACAGGGCUUGUACUGUAUGGAGAAGAUUUACCAAUCUAUUCGAAGCAUCUCAAUCGCUGUUUUCCAGUUUUGGAUUAGUGGAUCUUGUGACGUUUGAAAUGACUGGAAUCAAGGAAUUCACUCGGUUCUGGGCGCUGCUUAUGUUUGGAUCGUACUCUGUCAUCAACAUCAUUGUCUUGCUCAACAUGCUCAUUGCCAUGAUGAGCAGUUCUUAUCAGAUUAUCUCGGAAAGAUCAGAUACAGAAUGGAAGUUUGCCAGAACUCGACUGUGGAUGUCCUACUUUGAAGAGGGUGACACACUUCCCCCUCCCUUCAACCUCAUGCCAACCAUGAAGAAUAUCACCAGAAUGAUGGGCUGCGGUAGCAGUAAUCGCAAGACUGGAUCCAUGAUGAAAAAGUCACAAGCCAAAGCCCAGGAACGUCAUACAACUAUCAUGAGGAUGCUGAUCAAGCGUUAUGUGGUUUCCGAACAACGAAAGAGAUUCAAUUUUGGCAUAACCGAAGAUGACGUCAUAGAAAUACGACAGGACAUUUCCACACUCCGCUAUGAGUUGAUUGACAUACUCAGGACGAAUGGAAUGAAAUGCCCACAAGGCAGCAAGGCUGAUCUGUGUGGCAAGAAGGGCAGAGUUAUGGAACGCCGACUCAUGAACGAUUUCCACAUCGGCAUAGUCGAGGGCAUAGUCAACGAAGCCAUCAAAUCGGACAAGGGACCCAAGGACAUCUUCGGCAAAAUCGCCAAGGCCAUCGGCAAGAAAGCUCCUGGAGGAUCAGGCAAGAAAGGCAAGGACUGGAAUGCUAUGGUACGUCACAGUCAGAUGAUCAAAGAUCCCAUCGGUAGUACCACUGAGGCCAGGAACCGGCAAUCACGCCGGCAAAGUGCCAGAAGACACAUUAUAGAUCAUCAGAACGACGCCAUGAACAUGGAUCCUGAGAGGAUCAUUGAUUACAACCCGAAACUGAAGGAGUUCACACCUGCCACCAGGGUGGCAUACGCUAAAUUUAAGAUCAAGAAGAUCCAACAGGAGUAUGAAAACAAGGAGGAUGGAGAUGGUACAGGAUCCAUCAGUCAACAACCAACAACGUUAGAGGGAGACCCCGCAACUGUGACAACAACCAACGAAAAAUCAGCUGCAACAACAUCUUCAAUAGUACGUCCCCGUCCAAGAAGUUCCACCUCCCAGAAAAGUCAACCUUCAACAUCUUCCAUGAAGGAUCCGGGGCCUCAGAUACCGUUCCGACCAAAAACCCCCAUCGAGGAAGAUCCUAGGGAAGGUGCAACUACUCCUGAUCCUAAGAAAACAUCGCCUGGUAAGGAGGUACCUGCUCCUGAUCCCAAGAAACCAGCACCUGGUAAGGAGGUAACUGAGCCAAAAGUGACUUCUGCAGCAUCGACAGAAGUCAAAUCAGAGCUAAAACCUAGUACUACGUCAUCAACAAAAGCUCCAACACCUCCUCCAAGGUCACCAGCUCCUGGUGCUUCCCCUACUCCUGGUACAUCCACUCCUGGUACAUCUUCUUCUACUGCUUCGCAGAAGAAAGAAGAAGUGAAGAAGACUGAAGAAGGAUGUAAACCGGAGGAUGAGAAGAAGAAGGAGGUUGAUAAGAAGGAUGAUAAAGAUGAUGAGGGUAAGAGGCCGCCAGUGACUGGAAUAACGAAAGCAACUGGUAAGUCUAAAAUAACUGGCCAGGUUAUGUCCGGUUGGAUUUAGAGGUAGGAAUAGGUAGUAUAGAUGUUGACAAUGAUUAUUCUUAUACUCUAAAUUGGAACUAUGAAUUAAUACAAAUUUUGUUUGAUUUAACAAAAGGCCCAAGAACGCCGUCCAUAUUUGACAAUAAUUCCAGGUAGGUUCAAAAUUGGAAAAUGCAUUGUGAUCCCAACUGCCUCUUACAAAAUCAUUUCAGCCCGACUGCUUUGAAAAUACACUUUUCAUGAAACAAAGCUCUUUUGUUGACUAUAUCAAUCUCUUGUCUUAACUAUAUACUUCACCUUUGCACUCUUUUAUUCCAGAAAGAGUGAUAUAGACAACUAUAUUAACCUGGAUUAGAAAGAGUAAAACGUGAAUAAAAAUUAGAAAUCCAAGUACCCUUUCAAAAUUGUUCAAUCACGACAUGUUUCGGCUAUAUAAUGAAUGCCAUUUUCAAGUAAUUUUAAGGGUACUCAGAUUCCUAGUUUUAUUUAUAUUUGAGAGUAGCCCUGAAGAAAAAAAGACAGAGUGAAAAGACAAUAGUGAAACGUGUAUGCUUCUCUAAACUUUUGUUGGCGUGAGAGAGAACAGAGCCAGAAGA